ACGGUACAUUGCACGCAUAACUAUCUAUGUCCACUAACUUAUUCAAUUGUUAUUUUAAUGACUUCCAUUCUUUAAUAGCUCCAUAUACAAAUGUAUGGCGCUUAACAACAUUUAGCUUUUACGACAAUUUACGACAGUGCCGUGCUCGAAUAAGCCGUUGUUGGAGUAAAGUGCGUCUCUUCAGGGCAGAUACCGGCUGAGAAGCGCAGCAACAAGAGAAAGGAAUAUCUUUCGCAUUCAUUUCAUAGCAGGAUUAGCUGAACGCCCCACUCAACACUCAGAUUCUUUGGAAAGCUCCAUAUAAUAACAGUGUCGGAAGAAAGGAACGCACUGGGAAAGGCGACGAGCCGAAAUAUCAAUCCGAGCUCGUUGAAGAAGUAGCCUACUUGCAUCCUAAGCUGCACAGCAAGGAGCUCAGAUUUACUUAAAUAGUGGUAAAAAUGGACUAUGAUUUCAAAGUAAAACUUACUGGCGAAAGAGAACGAGUCGAAGACCUAUUUGAGUACGAAGGAUGCAAAGUGGGAAGGGGCACCUACGGACAUGUUUACAAGGCAAAAAGAAAGGAUGGGAAGGAUGAUAAAGACUACGCCCUGAAGCAGAUUGAAGGCACUGGAAUCUCUAUGUCUGCCUGUAGAGAGAUUGCUCUUCUGCGAGAGCUAAAACACCCCAAUGUCAUCUCACUGCAGAAGGUUUUUUUGUCACAUGCAGACCGCAAAGUAUGGCUGCUUUUUGACUACGCUGAACAUGAUCUUUGGCACAUAAUUAAGUUCCAUAGAGCAUCCAAGGCUAACAAGAAACCUCUUCAGCUUCCAAGAGGAAUGGUCAAGUCUUUGCUUUACCAAAUCUUGGAUGGCAUCCAUUACCUCCACGCCAACUGGGUCCUUCAUCGAGACCUUAAACCAGCCAAUAUUUUAGUGAUGGGAGAGGGACCAGAAAGGGGUAGAGUAAAAAUUGCGGACAUGGGAUUUGCCCGUCUCUUCAAUUCACCAUUAAAGCCUUUAGCUGAUCUCGACCCUGUUGUGGUUACAUUUUGGUAUAGGGCACCAGAACUACUGCUGGGAGCUCGGCACUACACAAAAGCCAUUGACAUUUGGGCAAUUGGCUGUAUUUUUGCUGAAUUACUGACAUCUGAGCCUAUAUUCCACUGUCGCCAAGAGGACAUUAAAACCAGUAAUCCUUACCACCAUGACCAGCUGGACCGUAUCUUUAAUGUUAUGGGCUUUCCUGCUGAUAAAGAUUGGGAGGACAUCAAAAAGAUGCCAGAGCACUCAACACUGAUGAAAGACUUCAGAAGAAAUACAUACACAAACUGCAGCCUUAUAAAGUACAUGGAAAAACACAAAGUCAAACCAGACAGCAAAGCAUUCCAUCUGCUACAGAAGUUGUUAACCAUGGAUCCCAUCCGUCGAAUCACAUCUGAACAGGCCAUGCAGGACCCCUAUUUUUUAGAAGAACCAUUGCCAACAUCUGAUGUGUUUGCAGGUUGCCAGAUUCCCUAUCCCAAAAGGGAAUUCCUAACAGAAGAGGAACCAGAGGACAAGGCAGACAAGAAAAACCAGCAGCAACAGGGAAAUAACCACACAAAUGGAGCAGGACACACUGGCAACCCUGAUAACAGCCACACACAAGGGCCACCACUGAAGAAAGUGCGAGUUGUUCCACCCACUACUACCUCAGGGGGCCUCAUCAUGACCUCAGACUACCAGCGCUCCAAUCCACAUGCUGCCUACCAGAACCCUGGACCAAGCACAUCACUGCCCCAGAGCAGCAUGGGAUACUCCUCUACCUCCCAACAGCCUCCCCAGUACUCUCACCAGAGCCACCGCUAUUGAGACAUAGACUCAAAUUGUAUGCAAGUACUCAUUCAGCAUUGCCCUCAACAUGCCCACCUGAAAGAAUGUACUUAAGGGAUGUGGGGGGCUUCCUUGCUGUUCUCACAACAGAGAGUACCUGACAGCUCGCUAGGCUGAAAUCUUUCUAAAAUGCCAUUCCCCAGUAUUACAAGAAUAGAGCACGUGCUUGACUUUGAGAUGUGAGGGUGCAAAAUGCUACCAAAAGGAGGAGCUGAAAAGUAAUGUCUGUCUAAAACCAGUACAGAAUGGCCAGGUUUAAAAAAAUUUUCAUCCUCCCCUUCCCUCUUCAUUGUUACCUUCUUCUCCAUUUAGUUACCUUGUCCAAGUUUGGCCCAGUGUCAAAGCUGCUAUGUGACUGCCAGCGCUGACAGAUGUGUGUUUUUUUUUUUUAAGUGUAUAGACUGUUGAGGACAGCCGUGCCGAUCUGACCCAGGCUGCUGUGAGGGAUGUUUGGAGGAUGUAUACUGCCUUUAGCAGUACAGUGGAGGGCUCAAGGAAAAUAAUUGGAAAAAAAUGAAAAAUUUUAAGUUUUAAUUUAAUCUGAUUUCAUUACUUUUUAUGGCAAGUGUAGCCAAGCAGUGAAGAGUUUUGCUGCUGUGGGUAAGCCUUACAAACCAACACCAAUUUCUUGGAGAUGGCAGAUCAUGGAACAUACAUUGUACUGUAUUGUAUUGAAAUAUUUUACAUGAAGCAACUAUCAAGACAAUAAAAGUGGAAACACCAUA